AUGCUGCAGGCCCUGCAGGAGUUGGACCUCACAGCCUGCAGCAAGCUGACUGAUACCAGCUUGGCAAAGGUGCUCCAGUUUCCCCAGCUGAGGCAGCUGUCACUGAGCCUGUUGCCAGCACUCACAGACAAGGGCUUGGUGGCUGUGGCCAGGGGCUGCCCUAGCCUGGAGCGCUUGGCACUGAGUCACUGCAGCCUCCUCAGUGAUGAGGGCUGGGCCCAGGCAGCCAGCUCCUGGCCAAGGCUGCAGCACCUCAACCUGUCCAGCUGCAGUCAGCUCACAGAGCAAACACUGGAUACCAUUGGGCAGGCGUGCAAGCAGAUCCAGAUGUUAGAUGUUGCUAUGUGCCCUGGUAUUAGCAUGGCUGCUGUCAGGCGAUUCCAAGUCCAACUGCCCCAGGUGACCUGCAUCCAGUCCCGCUUCGUGGGAGGGGCUGACCUGACCCUAACGCUCUGA